AUGAUCUCAGACGACGAAAAGAACCGCACGUCGACUGGCAAGGCCAGCGCCGUCGCAGGCGAUACCUCCAGCCUCCGAUAUGUCGACGACAGUGGCAUGGGUCACCUCCACCGACGCCUCAACAACCGUCAGAUCCAGCUCAUCGCCGCCGGUGGCUCCAUCGGAACGGCCCUCUUCAUCUCCAUCGGAGGUGGUCUUGCCAGGGGCGGCCCCGGCAGUCUCGUCAUCGCUUUCACCCUCUACUCCCUAAUCCUCGCCCUCGUCAACAACUCCAUCGCCGAGAUGAACACAUACAUGCCCGUGGCAGGCGGCUUCGUCACUCUUGCUGGACACUGGGUCGACGACGCACUAGGCUUCGUAGCUGGCUGGAACUUCUUCAUCUACGAGGCCCUCAUCAUCCCCUUUGAGAUCACCGCCCUGACCUCCGUCAUCUCCUUCUGGAACGCCGAUGCGCUGAACCCUGGCCCAACCGCUGGUAUCUGCAUUGCAGUGAUCGUAUGCUACGGUCUUCUUAACGUCCUCGCCGUGCGCUUCUAUGGUGAAUCUGAGUUCUGGCUCUCAGGCGGAAAGCUCAUCCUUAUCUUCCUCCUCUUCGCCUUUACCUUUGUCACCAUGGUUGGCGGAAACCCUCAGCACGACGCCUACGGCUUCAGACACUUCUCGAACCCCGGCUCCUUCGCUACUUACCUCAGCCAAGGUGACAAGGGUCGAUUCGAGGGUUUCCUGGCCGCUCUCUUCACUGCGUCCUUCACUGUCGUCGGCCCUGAGUACAUCUCCAUGGUCGCGGCUGAGGCUCAGCGCCCAACAUUCACCAUCAAGAGCGCCUUCAAGACAGUCUACUACCGAUUCUGCGUCUUCUUCAUCGUCGGUGCCUUGGCCGUUUCAAUCGUCUGCGCCUACAAUGACCCUGCUCUGUACGACAUCUACUUCGGCGCUGGCGGUACUGGCAACGCUGCUUCUUCCCCAUAUGUCAUUGCCAUGUCCAACCUUGGCAUCAAGGGUCUUCCCCACGUUGUCAACUUCCUCAUUCUCACAUCCAUCUUCUCUGCCGGUAACACAUACACCUACUGCGCCACCCGCGCUCUUUACUCCCUGGCCCUCGAAGGCCGCGCCCCUCGAUUCCUGCGCUACUGCAACAAGUCCGGUAUCCCCAUCUACUGCUUCUGUAUCACCAUGUUGUUCCCAUUCCUGUCCCUCCUCCAGGUCGCCAACGGCUCCGCCAAGGUUCUCGGCUGGCUGGUCAGCAUCGUCACCGGCGGUGGUCUUAUCACCUUCAUGAUCAUGUCCAUCACAUACAUUAACUACCACAAAGCUUGUGUCGCCCAAGGCGUCAACCGCAAGACCGAGCGCCCCUACUACGGAUACUUCCAGCCCUACGGUGCCUACAUUGCCCUGGCCUUCCAGUCCGUCAUCGUCCUCGUUUACGGAUACUACGCUUUCCGCCCCAAGUUCGACGUCGAGGUUUUCUUCCAGAACUACUCCAUGCAGAUCCUCGCUGUUCUCCUCUUCGGUGGCUGGAAGAUCUGCAAGAAGACAAAGUAUAUCCGUCCCCACGAGGUCGAUCUUGUCUGGGAGCGACCCCAGAUUGAGGCUUACGAGGCCACCUUCACUGACCCCCCUGUUGGUUUCUGGACCGAGAUGGGCCAGCUGACGAUGCCUUGCUUCUUCCGCAAGACUAAGAGGUCUUCGGAAGUUUAG